UUAGGUAUUCUUGAUUGCGACAACUUACCUGCCAGUGCCGCUGGCGGCGCGUUUGGUUCUCAGCCACAGUUAAUAACGUUAAUCAUACGUGUCUCCACAACCACUGGCUCCCAACAGGCUAGCUAACAGGUCGCCAUGUAAAUCGACGUUAUUUCUUAAACUAUCUGCGAAAGCAGGCCAGACAGUUGGAAAAUGAACUCGACCUGAAGUUGGUCUCCUUCAGUAAACUGUGCACCAGCUACAGCAGCUCGAGGGAUGGACGCCGAGGAGACACGUCAGACACGACACCACUGCUAAACAACUCUACCCAAGACAGGAUGUUUGACACCAUGUCAGUGGAGAUUGAACAGCUGCUGACCAAACUGACUUUAGUGAAUGACAAGAUGGCAGAGUACACCAAUACCCCGGGCGCAGCGUCUCUCAACGCUGCACUCAUGCACACGCUCCAGAGGCACAGAGACAUCUUACAGGAUUACACGCAUGAAUUCCACAAAACCAAAGGCAACUUCCUGGCCAUCCGGGAAAGGGAAGACCUGCUCGGUUCUGUCAGGAAAGACAUUGAGUCCUACAAGAGUGGCUCUGGAGUCAACAACAGAAGAACGGAGAUGUUUCUGAAGGAGCAUGAGCAUCUGCGAAAUUCGGACAGACUGAUGGACGACACGAUAAGUAUCGCUAUGGCAACCAAGGAGAACAUGACCUCCCAACGGGGCUUCUUGAAAUCCAUACAGAGCAGGGUCAACACAUUGGCCAACCGUUUCCCAACCAUCAACAAUCUCAUCCAACGGAUCAACUUGCGGAAGAGAAGGGACUCCCUCAUCCUCGGCACGGUGAUCGGCGUCUGCACCAUUCUCCUCCUGCUCUACGCGUUCCACUGAAGGCCCGACCGGGCUGGAGCCUGCAACGGAGCACGACUCCUCUGCUCCCUUGUAACGUGGGAAUCACAGGAGACCGAGCUUCAUUGGAGGCCGGGCCGAGCAGAAAGACAUCCAGUUGGUCCAGUUCCUGGACGGGAACAGAUUUGGCCAACUUGAACUACUGAACUUGUAUUUAGCAGAUGGAGGGCUGCCAACAAGUGAAUGAAGACCAAAAGUACAAAUACUACAACAUUUUAAUCAAUGGUAUUGAUGAGCGAUAGAGAACUUUUGAUGCAUCAUUAUUUUAGUUCAAUGGUCCUUUUUAAUUAAUGAAGUGGGGUGGUUAGUACAUUGUGGACUGUAUAAUGUGAAUCAAUAAAUUAUUAAUUUCAA